AUGUCAGCUAAAAAUAAACAACAACUCGACUUCAACAACUAUAAGAAAAAGUCUAUGGCUUAUUCCCACAAGUCAAAAGUCUCGCCUACUCGACGACUCACAAAUAUUGUCAAGCCCUUGCUUAGACACUUCUUUACAUUAAAGGCAGAGCAGCCAAAGCGAAGCUCUUAUAUUGCAUCAGAUGAAAAGGAGACGGAGUUCGACUGGCUAAACAACGACAUGGAUAAUAUGUCAAACGAGCAUCUGGAAGAUCGACUUAUCGAGGAGAUCAGACAAUGCGCCAAGGAGGACGCGAUUAUAGUCUAUAACGAAAACGGAUCCGGCGAACUACACACGUUCGAUCAAGAGGACUACUAUGUGCCCGUACACUUUGCACGCACCAAUGGCGGUACCUUCUUCUGGACUUCAUUUCAACGCGCCCCACAGGCGAAUCCCUACGAUAUUGAGUGGAACUUUAACGAUCGCUGGGCACAGGCAUGAA